UUUUCAAAUAUGUAAAUAUACUUAUUAACAUGUUUUAUUUGUUGCUGUUCAAACAUUUUUUGGUUUAGAAAAGAUUUGCUUCGCUUUAUAGCUUAUAUCUGCGAGCAAAAACGAUAUAUGGUACUAUUUUUUUAAUUCAACCUUUACAACAUUUAGCUCAUCGAAUAAAGUGGCAAUAACAGAAACAGCUGUUUGGUAAAAAUGCAUUUAUAAAUGCAAGUGUUAUUAAAUUAAACAAAUUUAUAAAAGUUGCGUUUAUAUUGCUUACGAAAAAAGAAAAUAUAAAUUUAAAUGAGUUCAUGUACAUAAAAUUCAUUCAGCAAAAUUAACAAAAUACACAUGUGUGAUAAAUAACAAGUGCAGUUUUACAUAAAUUAUUAUUUUAAAAUUAAUUACAUAUUAAAGCUUAUCUACAAUGGAUACCGAAAUCCUAUCUCAAGCUGUGGAUAAAUCGCAAAUGCCACCAUUGCAUCAAAAACGCGUUUUAGCAUUUAUUAAUCAUUUUAUAAUAAAUUCCUGCAAUUUCCUCAAUGACUUCGCCUUGAAAUGCGAAAGUAAAUUUGUAGACUUGGAAAGAAAAAUGCAAAAAGUGGAAGCAGCAUUAACAAUAAUAGAAGCAAAGUUAGCAUCUGUGCCAGAUGUAACGGACACCACAACAGCUCCAACUGCCAGCAAUACUGCAACAGAAAAAGUUACAAAUGAUGCCGCAGAAAAGACUGAAAAUAAACCACCCGGAGGAGAGAUUACCACUGAUAUCGCCUCGGAUAUUCCUGAGCCAACGGAGGAUAUAACUCCGGAACCAACAGGUGUACGCGCUUGUGAAGAUAUGCGCUUUAAAAAGUUCUUCAAAAUGGUGCAAUUCGGUGUGCCGGCUGAAGCCGUUAAAAUUAAAAUGCAAGCAGAAGGGGUUGAACCAAGCAUAUUGGACAAUCCCAAUUUGUUAUUAACAGACGGUGUAACCGAGUGAAAGCAGUUUGAGUGCAUAUUUCGAAAAAAGCAUACACAAAUACCGAUUUUCAAGGCGGUUGUGGCAAGCAAACGUGAAAUCUUUGGACGAACUGCAUACAUCUAACAUUUAUGUGAUAUUAUGAAAAAUGUAUAAGGAACCCAUAAAAAUAACAUAGGAUAAAAUAAAAGACGAACUGGAA